AUCCCGCUGGGCCCCGCCUCCCCCGGCCCCAGGCCGACCGGAGCAGUCGCCCUACCCCCGCUAUGGCUGCGCCGGUGACGCGGCAGGUCAGCGGCUGCGCGGGUCCGAUCCUGACUCCAACAGGCUCGGACACAGAACCCGGGCAGCCCCUGGCUACUGCCGUGGCUGAUCUGCCGGUGCUGGAUGCGUCCGGGAGACGGGUGUCGUUCGGCGCGCUGUUCCGGGAGCGUCGGGCCGUGGUGGUGUUCGUGAGGCAUUUCUUGUGUUACGUCUGUAAAGAAUAUGUCGAAGAUCUGGCCAAAAUCCCCAAGAGCUUUCUCCGAGAAGCGGAUGUCACCCUCAUAGUGAUUGGGCAGUCGUCAUACCAUCAUAUUGAGCCUUUCUGCAAACUGACUGGAUAUUCUCACGAGAUCUAUGUUGAUCCUGAGAGAGAAAUUUAUAAAAGAUUGGGAAUGAAAAGAGGUGAAGAAAUUUCCUCCUCAGGACAGAGCCCCCACAUAAAGUCCAACCUGCUUUCGGGAAGCCUUCAGAGUCUGUGGCGGGCAGUCACUGGCCCGCUUUUCGAUUUCCAAGGAGACCCAGCUCAGCAAGGCGGAACCUUCAUUUUAGGUCCAGGUAACAGCAUCCACUUUGUGCACCGAGACAGGAAUAGGUUGGAUCACAAGCCCAUAAACUCUGUUUUACAGCUUGUGGGAGUUCAGCCUGUGAACUUCAUGAGCAGACCUGCAGUUAUCCAUGUGUGACUGCACAUGGGAUCUUCCACUUGUGAAUGGGCCCUUGAAAUGUGAGCCAAAAUGCCAGGCAUUAUGAGAUUAUGGAAACACAAAACUCAUGUGCCUAUAGAACUAUAUUCUGAGAGGCAUCAGGGAAAAGCUUUUUAAAUUUUAUAGCCUCUAUAAUUAUUCAUUCAAUGAAAGAUUUUUGGCAACUAAAAUAUAAGAAGGGGAACUGGAAAGAUCACUCAGUAGUUAAGAACACUUGCUUCUCUUGCAGAGGACCUAGGUUUGGCUCACAGUUGUCUGUAACACCAGUUCUAAGGUAUCCAACACCUUCUUCUUGCCUUGGGGUCCAGGUGUAUAUGUGGUAAACAUGCAUAAAUGUAGGCAAACACUCAUAUACAUAAAGUAAGAAUAAAUCUUAUAAAGCUACAUACAUAUGUGCAUACAUGCAUGCAUGUAUUAAGGGAAGGGAAGAAUGGGCCAGGUAUGAUGGCACAAGUUUGUAAUACUAACACUGAGAAAUGGGACAAGAAUUAAGUCUGCCCAGGCAGUGGUAGCAACGCCUUUAAUCCCAGCACUUGGGAGACAGAGGCAGGCGGAUCUCUGUGAGUUCAAGGCCAGUGUGGUCUACAAGAACCAGUUCCAGGACAGGAUUCAAAAGCUACAGGAAAACCCUGUCUCGAAAAACCAAAAAAGAAAAAUAACAAAAAGCAAAUAAAUGUACAGCCAGAUGUGGUGGUGCAUGGGAAGGAGGCAGGAAUUCUAGAACAGGCUUACAUUUCUAGACACCUGCUUUUUCUCACCCCAAAAUCUCUUAUUUAGAAAACUCUUGUCAUAUUUUACUUUUUAAGAAUUUUAGUUUUGACCAGGCAGUGGUGGCAUACAUCUCUAAUCCCAG